AUGUUCUUAAGGAUGACAAUUGCUAGUAACAUUAAGUCUUCCCUUCCGAGUGCAGAUAAAGCUAAGGCUUAUCUUGCAGCCAUAGAAGAACGGUUUAAGACUGCAGACAAAUCCCUUGCUGGGAAACUUAUGGCAGAUCUUACAACCAUGAAGCAUGAUGGCACAAGGUCUAUGCAUGAACAUUGCAUUGAAAUGAUUAACCUUGCGGCUAAGCUGAAGAAUUUGGGACUAAGUGUGGAUGAUUCUUUUCUUGUCCAGUUUAUCCUGAAUUCUUUGCCUCCUCAGUAUGGACCAUUCCAGAUCAAUUACAACGCCAUUGAUGAAAAAUGGACGUCUAAUGAAUUGACUAGUAAGUUGGUUCAAGAGGAGUCUAGGCUUGACCGUGAAGGCAUUAGGGUUGUCAUCAUGUCCAAGAAGCUAAACCUAAAGCUGAAAAAAUGGAAUUAA